GCCCUGCUCCGGGGGGGGCCCAAAGCGGGGAUGGGGGCGGCGGGGCCGGGCGGGCGGCCCCGGGCCGCGCUCCUGGGGCUGCUGGUGGUGGUGGUGGUGCUGGUGGUGCCCGGCCGCGGGCUGGACAACGGGCUGGCCCGCACCCCCCCCAUGGGCUGGCUGGCCUGGGAGAGGUUCCGCUGCAACGUGGACUGCAGGGCCGACCCCCGGCACUGCAUCAGCGAGAUGCUCUUCUUCGAGAUGGCCGACCGGCUGGCGGAGGACGGCUGGCGGGAGCUGGGCUACGAGUACGUCAACAUCGACGACUGCUGGUCUGCAAAGCAGCGGGACGCGGAGGGGCGGCUGGUCCCCGACCCCGAGAGGUUCCCCCGGGGCAUUAAGGCCCUGGCCGACUACGUCCAUGCCCAAGGCUUGAAGCUGGGCAUCUACGGGGACCUGGGUACCCUCACCUGCGGGGGCUACCCGGGCACCACGCUGGACCGCGUGGAGCAGGACGCGCAGACCUUUGCGGAGUGGGGUGUGGACAUGCUGAAGCUGGACGGGUGCUACUCAUCAGGCGAGGAGCAGGCGAAGGGCUACCCAGAAAUGACGAGGGCCUUGAAUGCCACAGGCCGCCCCAUCAUCUACUCCUGCAGCUGGCCAGCAUAUCAGGGGGGGCUCCCGCCCAAGGUGAACUACACCCUCCUGGCCACGAUUUGCAACCUGUGGCGCAACUACGGCGACAUCCAGGACUCGUGGGAUAGCGUGCUUUCCAUCGUGGACUGGUUCUUCGCAAACCAGGACGUGCUGCAGCCAGCAGCUGGCCCCGGCCACUGGAACGACCCGGACAUGCUCAUCAUCGGGAACUUCGGCCUCAGCUACGAGCAGUCGCGCUCCCAAAUGGCCUUGUGGACCAUCAUGGCAGCUCCGCUCCUCAUGUCCACCGACCUCCGCACCAUCGCCCCGAGCGCCAAGGAGAUCCUGCAGAACCGCCUGAUGAUCCAGAUCAACCAGGACCCCCUGGGAAUCCAGGGGCGCAGGAUCAUCAAGGAGAAAUCCCGUAUCGAGGUGUUCCUGCGCCCGCUCUCCCGGGCCGCCAGCGCCCUCGUCUUCUUCAGCCGGAGGACGGACAUGCCCUACCGCUACACCACCAGCCUGGCCAAGCUCAGCUUCCCGGAGAAGGCUGUGUAUGAGGUGCAAGACGUGUACAGUGGGAAGACCACCAGCGGCCUGAAGGCGGGAGACAACUUCACGGUGGUCGUUAACCCCUCGGGGGUGGUGAUGUGGUACCUCUACCCCACGGCGCUGCGGGAGCAGCCCUGGCGCUUUGACCAGCAGCAAGCCCCCCACGGGGGUGCCCGGCCGCUCCUCCUCUGAGGGGGAACAGCCGGUGGGGAUGUGGGCCAGUGCCGGGGCGAUCUGUGAGCCCCUGGGGCCCGUCUCUUUGCUGCACAAGUGCCUUCUGCUGGUGCAAAUGGCAGGGCCGGGUACUGGCCGCUCCUCCGGUGUCACCUGAUGAUUUCUACUCAAUCUAUGCAAAGCAGGAGUUCUUGUGACUUCCUCCUGAGGGCAUGCAGAGUGUGAUUCCUCUGUGAUUGCAAAGCAGUCUGAGAUCCUCCUGUGGAAGAAGAGGAUCCCCUGUGGCCUCAGGGACCAGACGUAGCCACCUUCUUUCCUUUGCUAUAAUCAGCUUGGCUUAGAAUAAAGGGGCAGUCAACAGGGCUGCACCCUUAUCCCCAGGAACCCUCUGUGAGAGCUCCUGGGGCCAGGAUGGUCCUGCAGAGAGGACGGGGCAGCUCCCUGCUGUGCUGGCUUUGCUUCUGCUACCAGGAUCCCGGAGAUAGCACUGCUACGGCCUAGCGUGCCUGCUAAGAAAAAGAACCCCAAACAAAAUGUGUCAGCACUGCGUUGAAGCCGCUUUGGGGUCAGGUUACAGCAGAGCACAACCACAAGUUGCCCACGCACAACCCCAGCUGUCGUGCUGUGGUAUGACAGCAAGAACUGCAGAGCUGUGGCGUGCUGCGUGCGAGUGCUGUCUGGAAAGUGCUGAUGCUCGUCUUCGGUGGGCUCCUGACUCUGGGAGGUGGUCACAGGUGCCGCCAAACUGCAAGUCGCAUCUUGUUCCUGUAGGAUGUUCCUCUGCCAGGCUGAACACUCCAGCAUUUCUCAGGGAAAGGCUCCUCCUCCUCCCAAGGGCAGCUUCCCGCACCGCUCCACUAUGAGGAGGAGCCCGCACAAAUAAACCAGAAGGGGCUCGGAGUGAGCGGUGGGACAAAUGCUGCAGCCCCCAACCGUGCCUGCCCCACGCAUCCUACAGCAGCAGCUCAGGUGAGCCGUGGCCUCCCCCACAGCCCCAGGGAGGGGUGCAGCACUCGACAAGGCAAGCUCACCCCGUCAGGGUACAGGCAGCCCCAGGAAACCGAUGCAAGAUUAAACCUCAGAGUAGGGAGCUACCCCGUCUUGAGUUGGCCAGAAAAGGAGCUUCCCCUUUCUAUUCAGAAACAAAUAAGGGCUGGGAGCCCUCUCCUUGCAGGACCACAGGGCUGAUUCUAGCCUCUCACAGAGUCUUCUUGUUGUGUAGCAGCAAGAUACUGGACACAAUGCUUUGCAGUACUAAAAAGAAACAAGUCUAUUUCAUUCUGUACAGGAGCCGGCUUUGUUUUUUGUGAUUUCGAUAAUUUCGCUGAAAUAAAAGGGAAGCAGGUCGCA